AUGUUAUUUUCAAAUAUAAUUUAUAAUUCAAUAAUAAGAAAAUUAAUAUUCUUUCUUUAUAAAAGAAAAUUCAAACUACUACCCAUUGAAUAUGUAAAUGAAAGUUAUGAGUAUUUCAGAAAUUUACAUUGUGAAACAAUAAAGUAUUGUCUUGUAUCAAAGUAUUGGAAACAGCUUGUAUCGAAACAUUUAACAAAUGUAUUGGAUUUUAAAAAUGGAAGUGUAUUACUAUCGUUUAUCGGUGAAGAUAAAUGGAAAUUAAUAAAAGAGCAUAGUUCAUUAUUUUUCUACGACUCUAUUCAAAGCUACAAUGAAGAUGAAGGAUACAGAUUAAAAUUUAGGUACAGAAAAAUGCUAAUAAAUUCGUAUGGAGAUAGCUUUGAAAGUUUUUUAAAUUCAAGUCAAAAGUUUCAAAGAGCAGUUUACUUUAAUAUUAUUUUAAAAAUUGAUAUGCUUACCAAUCAAACAAAAAGCAAACCAUUAGUACCAAAAAAAGUUAAAAGAUUAGUAGUUUCGGGUUUCGACACUAGCAACGAAGAUCAAAAAAACAAAGCUUUAGAAAUUAUCAAUAGUAUUCAACCUAAUCAGCUAUUCCUUUUUUUUACCAACGAAUAUAACCAACAUUUCAUACCAUCUCUGGAUCUAUCAAAAUACUUUCUAAUACCAAGUUUGAAAAAAUUCAAUACAAAUAUGAACUAUCUAGAGCCUAUUCAUCUAUUGUCACUAGACAACCGAACAACCAAACUAAAAACACUCCACCUUCGAAUGAAAUUCAAUGAGAUGAUCAAAUUGCUAAAUGGCCAACAGGAAUAUGCAAAUAGUUUCACAUACCCAGAUCACAUUCAGCAUGAUUGGAGUCUAAUGAUAAAGAAACUCAUCGAAAACAAUACAAUAAUCAACUUAAUUUUAAAUAGCUUUAGCAAUAACUACCCAAGUAAUGAUGAACCUCUAUCCCCAUUGGACCAAGAUUUCAAAACAUCAUACUUAACUGAAGGUUUCAAAUCAUUAUUUUCUAACCCAAAAUGUACCAUUAAAACAUUACAAUUAGUUUCCAUUAAUUUUAUCGAUCAAUUAUUUUUAGAUGGUUUAGCUUUAAAUACCUCAAUUUCAACAUUAAUCAUUUUUAAUGAUAUAGAUUAUAUUUCAAUAAUAAAUCAUAUAUUACCAAAAAAUAAAACAAUUAGAAAUUUAAUUUUUGUCGAUGUAAAAAAUGAUAAGUUUUUUAUAUUUUUACAAAUAUUAAAUAAUAUUAUAAAUAAUAAUAAUAAUAAUAAUAAUAAUAGCAAUACACUCGAACUAUAUUCAAUUUCAUUUGGUGUUGAAAGUGGUAUAGAUGAAAAUACCUUAGAAAAAGUCAUUAAUGAAAUCAAACUAUGUCAAUACCCUAUCAAAGAAUGGAAUAUUUAUAUAAAUAAGAAUAUACCAAAUCCACAAAUAUUAUUAGAAAAUAAUACUAUAAUAAAUUUAAAACAUCAUUUAAAAUAA